AUGGCAUCGCUGGGCGGCGACGUGCGGGAGGCGCUCCAAACAUCUCUCAGUUGGAACUUUUCAUAUGUAUCAUCCGAUCCACAAGCUGCUCGCUGUCUCGUUCCACAUCCACAAGAUGCUACACAAUUGGCUGAGUGGUUUGUACGCAAGCUCCCGUCACUCAAAAAGUCUUCAGAAUCGAAAAUGAACAUAAAGUAUAAUUCAGAUGCUCCACAGCCCGAAUCGAGACGUCAGAACAAAAACUUGGAGACGCUUUUAGCACAAGAAUUGGGAUUUGGUCUUGUUGAAAAGACCAUGGGAACGCUGACGCAUCGAUCAUCGCAGUCGAGCGACAUGUAUGAGCCACAAGAGAUAUCACCGAUAGAUGUUCUUAAACGCUUAUACGCCAACAUUCCGCUGUACGAAGGUGAAGAUGGCGGUCAGAUUACACUCAAGUUGUUUGAAAAACUAGCAACGCCGCUAAAUGCUCAUAUGCCCCCUCUUCGAGGAUUAUUAAUCGAGAAGACAACCGAUUCGUCAUGUGUAUACGCCGUAUUUGAGUACACGGCACAAUCAUUGCUGGAUGUGCUGAAGUACAAUCAAGCGGUUCUUAAAGGCCAGUCGAGUGUUGAGUUAGACGUGCGUGUGCUACGUGAAGACGAGCAGGAUGCACUGGGUGAUGUGAAGAAACGAUUCGUGUUGUUUCAAUUGUGUCGCGCGCUCGCGUUUCUUCACGCACAGGGAAUGGCAUGCGACGGCUUCUCGUCCCGUGAAUUGAAUCUAUCCGACACGCUCUGGCUGCAUCUUGCUACGUCGCCACGUGUACUGAAUACACGGAUAGAAGACGGCGCGACAGGUACAGCAUGGACAAUCCCGCGGGCUGUCGAAUCGUAUACGUCGCGGUCUGUCACAGAGCGUUGGUGUACAGGUGACUUGAGCAACUUGGAGUAUCUCCUGAUUCUAAAUUCCGCAGCUGGUCGUCGUAUGGAAGACGGUGUUUUCCAUCCGUUCGUACCUUGGGUUACUGACUUUACGUCAGGGCCACAUAGUGGCUGGCGUGACCUAAGUAAAAGCAAAUUUCGUCUGAACAAGGGCGACGCGCAGCUGGAUCGGACCUUUGCCAGUAGUGCUGUACCACAUCAUAUUACUGAAAGCCUAUCAGAGAUUACAUACUACAUUUAUGCAGCAAGACGCACGCCCAUGACGCUACUACGGCGUGUCGUACGUGGCGAUUUUCAGGCGCGUGAAUACCCAGCGACGAUGACACGGAUGUUUGAGUGGACUCCUGACGAAUGCAUCCCCGAGUUCUAUACGGAUCCGACAAUAUUCAAGUCACUACAUGGCGAUGACAUGGACGACCUGCAGGUCCCGAUGUGGAGCAAUACAUAUAGCGAGGACAUGGCUUUGGUCUUUGUACAGAGGCAUCGGGAGAUGCUGGAAAGCAACCAUGUCUCGGCACAGCUGCACCAAUGGAUUGACUUAAAUUUUGGUGUCGCAUUGAGCGGCGAAGCGGCAAUCCGUGAGAAAAAUGUGCCUCUUGCCGUGCAUUCUGCCGGCAAGAGCCCAGGUUUCGUACAGCUGUUUGAUGUGGCACAUCCGCGACGUGCGUAUUGUCGGCAUGAAGAAAAUGCUAAUAGUCAGGCGAUGGCAGACGAGUCAUCUAAAGUAGAAGUUGAGAGUCCACGUGCUACUCCUCGACCGCAGGGUACCGCAAAGGAGGUCAAUGCUAUGUUAUCAAGAGCGAUUCAAUUGGUGUCAGACGUGCAGAAGGAUGGAGCCGUAUCGACGUCCUUAACGUCGAAUGGAAGUGGCGGACUGAAUGCGCUUCUUCCGAGAACCGGGUAUGAAGUUGAAGCCUCACGGUAUGGUCUCUCGCACAAUCAGGGAGGAGAGACCGGCAACGGCUAUAUUGGAUCCGACGGCACGAUAGCUGGAAACGCGCCUGCAGCUUCACCAACUGAUGCCACGCGAAGUCAAGCGAUAAUGCGGAAUCUAAAGCAACGUCGGCGUGGAAAUAAUAAACCUCGUACCCGUUCGCAAGCGAAUGCAACGACGGUAGAUCUUCAAGCCACUUCGGUAUACCUGACGACUGGUAGUCGUGAGGCUCAAACGUGUCUAGUGCCUUCAUCAUCUAGCGGAUUAAGUCCGUCAAGAUUAAGUAAUUUGUUCAAUUCCGAACCGUCAAACCCACACAAUAGUACCAACAACAGCUUUGUCAAUGGUGCUCAGUCUCUUAACAACUGUGAUAUUUCAGCUAGUCCGCCCAACUCGAUGAAUGCUUAUAACAAAACAAACAGAAGCUUUGAAUCGACGGACCAUUUGCGAGUUCUAACAAUUACAACGCCUCAAGGAGUGAGUGGUAAUGCUAAUGGAGGCCUUUCAGGCGCUGGAGACCGUCGAGGAGCGCAUCACAGCCGACACGCGUCUUGGGGCAGCGGAAGUCCUAACACCGGUACACAUUUAUUACGAGACUUGUGGCAACAAAUACGGCCGCCUGAAGAGGAUCCUCCAAACGGAAAUACUGGCAGUGGACAUGGUCAUCGACGUAGUGCAAGUGGAGGUCACCACGACUUGUUGCUCGCGCUGGGUGGAGCUAGUGAUGUUCAAUCGUAUGAGAUCGAUGCUGCUCACGGUGGUGGAGGGUUUCAAGCGCCUGAAUCACUUGAUGAUGUGGAUUUUAAGCUGCUCCAGCUUGGAUUACGGAUUAUUAUCCCAACGGCUGAGAAAAACAAAGAAGUGAAAGCUGAUCGUCGUCAGUUCUCGGCUGCAGAAGCGCCGAAGCUUGACGAGGAGCCAACGAUUGCGGAAGAAGUCGUUGAUCCCAUUUAUCGCAUUCCUGAUGAGUUUCAAGAUCCAACAGCACAAGAAUUGACGUUAUUAGAACGCGCACAAGCGGCUGACAUUUUUUCUUUGGGAUGCAUUGCAGCUGAAUUGUACACUCAGACGCCAAUAUUCUCAAGACGCUCGUUGGAAAAGUAUUUAACGGCUUAUGCUCGAGAGAAACACGGUCGAGUGACAGCGAAAACACGCAGUGAUGAUCGCUGGAUCUCUGGUCUUUUGGCUGAUCAUUACAAGCCGUCAUUACAGCCGCGGCUUCCAUGGAAUCACGUCGUGGCUGGUCGUUUGGCAGGAUUACCGCUUAACCUAAAGAUGGGCGUACUGGACAUGUUGCAUCCCGAUCCACGCGAACGUCUGCUUCUUGCUUCACAGAUUGAUGGGUUGAAUCUGUUCAUAAUGCCAUGUACCGCUGCAUCAGCAUUUAAACAUGUGGUGUCUCCAGGCGCUAUCCACGUUUCACCGUCGGCUCUUUUCCCCAGGGAUUUUGCAGUCGUGUACCAAUUUCUGAAAAGAUUACACACUAUUUCGGAACAUGAUUGGAAUGCGCACUUUACACUCGUGCGCGAGUCCUUGCCAUCCUUGUCCAGUCUGUCGGAGAUGUUGUUUCGUGUGGCGAUGCCUGAACUUGUGCGCUUUUUUCGAGCGCGCUCGCAUACGGAGUUGAUACGCACUGACUGCGUCACCGCCGCUGUCGUCUUUCUGCUCCCCGAAAUGGCACGCCAGCUUGGUCGUGAACGUGCGCGUGCAGAAUUGUUGCCAGAUGUCGUACGCGUGUACGAGAGCAGCGAUUUAACACAGUCACCACUCCUUCGCUGUUGUCUCGCAGCGCCUAGCGUUUUGCUAUCGUUGCUUCGUGCAUUCGGAGCAGCGACAGUCCUCGAUAUUUUUGUUCCUGUUAUCCUGGAAUGGCUCGUACCUCCCGUAGCAGCGGAUCCCGACGCCGAUUUGCGAUCGUCGUUGACGUCGCUUCCUCGGCACUCGCCACCUUCGCUACCCUUUUCCUCAGAGUCUGCUUCUAUCGCUGCUGUGACAUUCGGAGAACUGGCGUCGCCAGUGAUGCUAGGUCCAUCAUUGACAACAAAAUACGUCCUCCCUGCUUUACUGAACCAAUUAGGCCGCGCGAAAAGUAGAUGGACGCGCCUUGCAGAGGCCAAGACCCUACAUUGCACAGACAGGAAGGUUCCAGCAACCAUGAACGAAAUGGAAGCGGGAGCAUCAACAUUUCAUCUGACAUUUCUAUUCAAGACUAAGCUGUACGAAUCGCAUCAUGUAGCAGAUGCUAUCUUGCAAGUGUGUCGAGAAGUAGGUGAGUACCCGGUUGUUGAGAUGCUGUUGCCACGGCUGGUAGACGUGUUACCACGGCUUGUCACGCUAUCUGAAAAAAUUGGCUCCGUACGUAUUGAAGGAGUCCCGGUAAGUUUGCGCAGCCGUUUUGAAGACACUGCAUGCAUUUUAGUGCUUACGAUUGUUUUGCAGGAGGAACUUGGUCGUGAAAUUUACGUGUUAUUGCGCAUGUUACGACACGUGGUACGUACGCUGAAUGAUCCGACGUCGUUGCAAGAUUUACUCUCACGACGGGCGCGUACUAACCUGAUGGAGCUACUGGCACAAAUAUCACCACCAUUUCUCCAUCCUCAAAUGGCAACUGCUGUGAUUGCUGCUGCUACUACCGCCCACAGUAUGUCGAAUGAGUUCAUCCCCCCAUCAUCUAAUACAACAAAGAGUGCAACAAAGAAGAAGGUUUUGCGCAGCUUGAAUAUUAUAAAGGAUGCUGAUCAUCGGAAUCUUCGUGCAUUUACAGUAGUGGGUCUCUCCCGUACCAUUGUAGCUGUGUGCCAAAAGCUUGGUGCAGAAACGACUAUUGCGGAUUCAAUUGUAGUCGCUGGUAUCAAUCGGUUUCUCAAGCGUUGCAGUGACGUAUACGCCGAGCUGGAAGUGUCAAAUUUUCAGUGGGAUCUUGCCAGUGAAUUAGUGAGCGAGUUGUGUGUGCCAUUGCGUACUCUAUUAGGAAAAGACUUGUUCAAUCGGCAUUUUCCCAUCGUUGCUGGGAGCUCCGUUCUUCAACUCUUGUUAUUGCCGAUAACCAACAAUGUAACCCUUGGAGCAAGUGGCGCGAAAGGAUACGACAAUCAAGUGAGUCGAAAUGAUCAGCGAAAUUUGAGUGCCCUGGAUGAUCGACUAGCAAAGCCUCAAGCUCAGUCAGAAGGCCAAAUGCAAUCAACACUUGGUGAAGAGAGAGGUGAAAAAGAGGAAGAUAUCGCCGAUAUAUCAGCAGCAACAACCACGGAGCAAGAAGACCCGGCGACGUACUUGCCCGAUUUGGUGCGCUUUGCGUAUCAUGCUGUACGACUGCAUUGCGUACGUGCAACUAGUUUUCUUCGUAUGCCCUCGACGUUGCUCUUUGGUGCUGGCUUGAAAGCUGCACACUGGGAAAGUGUGCUGAGCCAAGAGAUGUUGCUUUUGCAAGAAGCGCGUCGAGAGCGAAAAGUUGUAAAUGCCGCACUUGCACCCGAACGGGCUGUCGCCAGCGCAGUUUGGCUUCGAUCGCGCGUUCGUCAACAAUUUGACGCCCGGCGCGAAGAUAGCGGGAACGCAGGUGGUUUGCUGGGUUCAUCGUGGAAGCUGAAUGCCGAGAUUCGCCAAUCAAUUAAAGCACAUUCCAGUUUCGUGCGUUGUAUCAGUGUAGACGCAGACGAAGACCUCCUUUUGACAGGAAGCCGACAUGGAUCAUGCCGUGUGUGGCGACUGUCGGGGCAUCCAGUUCAAGCACGGGCUGCGGCAUCGAUGGGCUUAAAUGACAGCCGUCCGAUUCUUGCGAUUACACGUACAGGUCGUGCCGGGCCUUUAAGUCAGGGUGGAGCAGGAGACACGGACGGGAUGGCAGCGGCAGCCUCGGCUUCGGGGGUCAUGCUUUGGGACCUGCGUACAAGUCAGAUGCGGAUGCGUCUGCCGUUUUCCGUGACUACUGAACCCGUUGUGUCGAUGACAACAGCAACAACGGCCGUAGACUUAGCUGUGGCCACUACACGACGUGUUGUCUGCGUAGAUGUCCGCACUGGCCCGUCCGUCAUUGCCGAAUGGUACGCCGAUGCAGCUGGUAUAGCAUCUAUCUCGGUAGCAAAUGGUCUAAGCUUGUCAGCCGUCGCUUCGUUUGUAGACGGAACGGCUUAUCUCGCACUUGGUUCGACAAGUGGUUCUGUGGUGUUCUUGGAUUCACGAACAGGUCGACAUGCGGCGCGAUGGCAAGCAUUGGAAUUUGGUGCACGGGUGGUGCAAUUGGUCCAAAUCUCGGCUUCGCAGCUGCUCGUGGUUGGUGCAGACAAGGAAGCGCGCGUGUGGCGUGUUAUGUUGCGCACAUACGGACAUCCGCAAUUACGUAUGACGAUCACAGGCGUGCCGGAUGGAAUCUCGGCGUCACAAGUGUCCGUUCAUACUGCUGCAGAUACGACAAUCUUGUACGUUGUAAACGGCGCUCGUAUACAUUGUGUGGAACUACCGACUGAGCCACGUGCAGUCGUGUUGAUCCAGACUCCAGUGACUAAACGAAUGGAGUCGUGGCAACUUACGGAGCCAGGCGGUGCCAGAAACAACAAAUGCCGCGUCGUUGCUCACAGUGUAGCGAUUCUGCCCUUACGUCAACUUUUGUUGCUUGGUGCGGAAGAUGGCUGCUUGAAAUGCGUCAUUUAA